GAAAAAAAAGUUUAAUGAUUAUAUCACUUAUAUAUCAAUUAUGUAGUUAUAUAUAACUUGUACAUUCCAAGAAAGUACUUAUAUAUAUUUCAUUACCGUGUGCAAGCAGAACGAAAAGUAAAAAGACUUCUCACAAGGCCACAACCGGUAAUAUGUAUAUAUAAAAUGAAUUUAAACAAGAAAAAAUAGAACAAAAAUCAGGGAACAGAUUACAGACCUGCGUCUCAUCAGAGGGAAAAGGUAGAAUAAGAUCGAAUUACCAGAAAAAUAAAGGAAAAAUGGGUGAAGAAGACAAGCCAUCGUCAUCGCUCCCGGACACUCAGUUCUUCGGCCUCCUCUCUAAUCUCCUCCAACAGGUGGAAUCAUUAACUAACCAAGAAGAAGUUGAAUUGCGUGCCAAAAUCGAAGCCCUUGGAUUAGAAGUUACCAAAGUUCCUUCAAAGUCUACAAAAAUUCUUGACGAGCUAGAACUUGCUUCAGAGUUGGAUAAAUUAUCUGCAAAGUUAGACAAUGUUGAUGAGAUGAUAUCAUCAGCCAUGGCUGCUGAUCCACAAGUGAUGUCAUUGUUGAGUGAUACUGCUGAUGUAUGGAUGCCUGUUAUCACUGCGACUUCUGAUGAAAGGCAGAUUUUUGCAGCAUCUGUUGAAGAUAUUGAUAAAGUGGAGGAAAAGGGUUCAAAGUAAUCGGUUUUGUUUUUUCUUUUGGAUUUGGAAUAUGAUAAUUUGUUUGGGAUAUAAUUAUAUUUAUUGAACUGAAAUAGGGGAAAAUAAGUGGAGAUGUUAUGGGUUUUGGUUACAUUUUUAAACUCACACUUGCUUUUGGUUUCUAAGUAAAACUGUUUGUUUUUACCUAUGUGUUUCUAACGAUAUACGUUUUGAAUGAGUAGAAAUUAAGAAAAUGGUUCAAUGUACAUUUAUGUAAUAAC